AUGGAUAGGUACUGUUUGGAUGUCCAGAACCAAAAGGUAUCCACUUUUUGGGGCAUCAAGGAUACCGGGAUCAAUUAUAUUGUGAUUGACCUUCAAAAUAACUGUUUGAGAAACUUCGAACAUUUUGGUACUCAUCCGAGUUUGGUUGAACUGCGACUUCAAGGGAACAAAAUAGAGAGCUUUAUGGGCCUCACGAGACAGCCUUCGCUCUCUGUGAUUGACCUCGAGGGAAACCCUAUUGCCGCUCACCCAUGGUACCGCAUCAUGGCAUUACUGGUAGUUGGUUUCUCCAUCACAAGCAUUGAUGGCACGGUUGUUUCUCCCGAAGAGCGAGAAAUAGCGCGUUCAAUGGGCCCUGCCGCAGCCCUCGCGGUCAGUUAUGGUUGGCAGCUCCUUCCAGGGAAGAGAUCACCGGAAGAAUACCGGCAAAUAAUAGAUGAGUGCAAGUACACCCGAAGACUGCUUGCAGGGCACCAGGGGUCUUUCCGGACAAUUGCACAUGCUAUGGGGCCGUACAGGCAGUCUGCGAUUGCUUCUUCUGCAAUAUGCAGCGAAUCGGGGGGCAUGAGUACCUCAAAUGCUGCGGUGGUUAAACAACUUUCAACACGUGUAAAACAGCUUGAAGAAUUGCUUCGAGGUCUCGAAGAAAAACUAAAGGCACAACAGACAGGGUCUGAGGAAGCAUUGGGCUUGGGUCAUAUCGAGGGCCUUACAGGCGCCGAGUUACGCAGCGCUCGAACCAUUUUGUUUUCAGACGGUAUACACAUGCGCUCAAAUGUUGUAUCAUCACUGAGUCAUAGUGACAGCGGUAGUACUCUUGGGUCACUGAUGUUUGAGGGUUCCUCGUUGGUGUUUCUGACCUUUCUGUCACGGGCCCGUUUGGCCGAAUUGGAACUCUGUGACAUUCGAGUGGAACACCAAAAUCGCAAUUCCCUCCUCAUUCAAGGCAUCUACGGAGCCGCUUUUGAUAUCCUCUUUGAUGAUGAUAAAAUUCUCCAGAGCGUCUAUAAGCUCCUGUAUCUGCGUCGCGGAAUGUCAGUGCCGCCACUUCGACAAAGUGGCAAUGCUGAGGCGAAUACCAUGCUGAAAAAAGACAGAGCUGUCGACGUAAAAACGGAUGACAACAAAAAAAGUGACAUCAACAGCAGCACGUACAUAGUACGGAGGGAUGAUCAUAAAAAGCAUCUCUCAAGGAAAGAAAAAGUGGAAGAGGAAGCGGUGGCGGCCUCCCUUUCUGUGAAGCCAGAGGGCUGUGCAGGGGGCAGCCCCCGGAGAGAUUCCUCUUCACCGGAUCCUCGAUGUCUGUGUGCAAACGCGUCGCUCAUACACUAUUCAAGUAAAGACACGUGGCAGAUUCACCCCCGCGAUGGCAAGACUUAUGGCCACUUUGCUUCGGAUUCACCGACAAACAACAUAGUUCAUGACAAUGCGGAAUGUGGCACCGCUGAAGCGUCAAUUCCGAGAAGUUCAUCAUCCCGGAGCCAAUCACGGCAACAUCAGCAGCAAGAGGCGUCGUCGAGAGUGCCGCGUCGGCGUCGCUCUUCCUGUUCUGUGCCAUCAGUACCAUCACGUUUGCCCUCAUGCAUGGGUAGCUCCACCACCUCGCGGGAACCUAGUGUCGGAGCGUCNUGUUCUGUGCCAUCAGUACCAUCACGUUUGCCCUCAUGCAUGGGUAGCUCCACCACCUCGCGGGAACCUAGUGUCGGAGCGUCAGCCUCAAGGUGUCAACCGCAACCACCAUCAAGAGUGCCGCGUCGGCGUCGCUCUUCUUGUUCUGUGCCAUCAGUGCCGUCGCGUUUGCCCUCAUGCACGGGUAGUUCCACCACCUCGCGGAGCCUCAGCGUUAUUGUCGCUCCGACAAAAUCGCCUGAAUCCCGUCUGCGCACCGAGAUUAUGCGGUUUCGUAUUGCUGAAUCUGAUUCGGAUUCGGUUUUUUAG